UAAAGAAAUAAAUUUUCACAUUAUUUUGAUUUGGUCUUAUCAUUUUAGGUAUUGUCAAAGGUAACAUCCUAAAAAUGAGGUUGAUCAAAGGAUCCACCAAAAUACUCGGACAUGUCCACUACACACGGACGAAAGCUUCUUCUCUCUUCUUUGUCUGAUCUUGAGAAACUCUCAACUUUUCAGUUUUUUACACCUACAUCACGUUGAUGAAUCGGUCAUGUUUGAGUCUUCUUCUCCCUUAGGACGAAAAGAUGUUGCAAAGAGCAGCGAGUAAUGCGUAUUCGUGGUGGUGGGCCAGCCACAUACGUACAAAGCAAUCCAAAUGGCUCGAACACAAUCUUCAAGAUAUGGAAGAAAAAGUAGAAUAUACUCUUAAGAUCAUAGAUGAAGAUGGAGACACUUUUGCCAAAAGAGCUGAGAUGUAUUACCGUAAAAGGCCAGAGAUUGUUAAUUUCGUGGAGGAAGCUUUUAGAUCGUACCGAGCAUUAGCUGAACGUUAUGAUCAUUUAUCUAGAGAGCUUCAAAGCGCAAACCGCACAAUCGCCACAGCUUUCCCUGAACAUGUUCAGUUUCCCAUGGAAGAUGAUAGUGAUGAUAACGAAGAUUACGAAGGGAAUCUGCGGAGACCUCCUAAGCAUCUUCAUCUUAUCCCCAAAGGAAGCAACAUACCUGAAGUCCCGGAUAUUCCAAUGAAGAAAGAUUUCAGGAGUCAGUCUAUGAUGUUGUCAAGAAAAGGACCAGCUGGUCUGAGGACAGUAUCUUCUGCACUAGCUAAGCGGGAAGCGGCGAUUGUGAGUUCGGGACUGAGUAAAGAAGAGGGCUUGGAGGAGAUAGAUAAGCUUCAGAAGGGGAUUUUGGCAUUGCAGACUGAGAAAGAGUUUGUGAGGAGCUCAUAUGAGCAGUCUUAUGAGAGGUAUUGGGAUUUGGAAAAGGAAGUGACAGAGAUGCAGAAGAGGGUUUGUAACUUACAAGAUGAGUUUGGUCUUGGUGCUGCGAUUGAUGAUAGUGAUGCUAGGACCUUGAUGGCGAGCACCGCCUUGAGCUCUUGUAAGGACACACUUGCUAAGUUAGAGGAGAGACAGAAGCAGUCUGUUGAAGAAGCAGAAAUUGAGAAAGGAAGGAUCAAGACUGCUAAAGAAAGGUUCGAUGCAUUGAGGAACAAAUUUGAGAAAUCAGAAAGCGAUGAUCAUGAUGAGGUUAUUAUAACAGAUACAGAAGAAGGUGAUGUGGUACAAGAAUCGAGCUAUGAAUGUGAGAGAGAAGAAUCAAACGAGAAUUUUACUGUUGUGAAACUUGCAGAGAAGAUUGAUGAUCUUGUGCAUAGGGUUGUUUCGUUGGAGACCAAUGCCUCGUCUCAUACUGCAUUGGUGAAGACAUUGAUAACAGUGCUUGAAGAGGAGCUGAGAAAUGUUAGAAAACUAUUCCAAAAAGUGGAAGACCAAAACAAGAAUCUACAGAACCAAUUCAAGGUAGCUAAUAGGACCGCUGAAGAUUUAUCUGGCAAGUUACAAGAUGUGAAGAUGGAUGAAGAUGUCGAAGGAGCUGGAAUUUUCCAGGAACUGCCAGUUGUUUCAGGAUCAGAAGAUUCUCGCGAUGAUUUGAAGUCAAUCUUAACAGAGACUGGAGUGAGGAGUAGUUUGGAGGGAAGGAAGAAAGAUGCAGUCAGAGAGAGUGAAGAAGACGGUGGUGGAAGAUCUCAAGAAGAGAAAUCAGAGAUGAAAGAUUCUUUUGCUUUAUCAGAAACCGCAAGCACUUGUUUCGGAACAGAAGCAGAAGAUCUGGUGACGGAAGACGAGGAUGACGAGACGCCAAACUGGAGGCAGUUGUUACCAGAUGGCAUGGAGGAUAGAGAGAAGGCUCUGUUAGAUGAGUACACAUCAGUGCUAAGGGAUUAUAGAGAAGUAAAGCGAAAGUUAGGUGACGUUGAGAAGAAGAACCGGGAAGGAUUCUUUGAGCUAGCAUUACAGUUGAGAGAACUCAAGAAUGCUGUUGUUUACAAAGACGUAGAGAUUGAGUCAUUACGUCAGAAACUCAACUCGCCAGGGAAAGAUUCACCACAUCAAGUAGAAGGAAACAACCAGUUGGAACAUGAUCAAGGACAGCACGAAAGUGUGAGCAUUUCCCCAACUUCUAACUUUUCGGUUUCCACUACGCCGCAUCAUCAAGGAGGAGAUGUGAAGAGAACACCUGGAAGAACAAAGCCUAAUGAGGUUAGAGUGAAAUUUGCAGAUGUUGAUGACAGCCCGAGAACAAGAAUAUCAACUGUUGAAGACAAAGUACGUACAGAUAUUGACGCAGUGUUGGAAGAGAAUCUCGAGUUCUGGUUAAGAUUCAGCACAUCAGUACAUCAGAUACAGAAGUACCAGACAACAGUUCAAGAUCUGAAAUCAGAGCUAUCGAAACUGAGAAUCGAAAACAAGCAACAGCUGGAAUCUCCAAGAAGUAGUAGUAAUACUGCAGGUGCAUCAGAAGCAAAGCCUAUCUAUAGACACCUAAGAGAGAUUCGAACAGAGCUACAGUUAUGGCUAGAGAACAGCGCAGUUCUUAAAGAUGAACUCCAGGGAAGGUAUGCAUCGUUAGCUAAUAUUCAAGAAGAGAUCGCAAGAGUCACUUCUCAAUCGGGUGGCAGUAAAGUCAGUGAUUCAGAGAUUAGUGGUUAUCAAGCUGCAAAGUUCCAUGGAGAGAUACUCAACAUGAAACAGGAGAACAAAAGGGUCUCGACUGAACUUCAAUCGGGCCUUGAUCGUGUUAGAGCGUUGAAAACUGAAGUGGAGAGAAUUUUGAAUAAACUGGAAGAGAAUCUUGGGAUAUCAAGUGCAACAGAAGCAAGAACAACUCCGAGCAAGAGCUCGUCGAGUGGAAGACCAAGGAUUCCAUUACGGUCAUUCUUGUUUGGUGUCAAGUUAAAGAAGAAUAGACAACAGAAGCAAUCUUCAUCAUCCCUCUUCUCUUGUGUCAGUCCAUCUCCAGUUCUGCAUAAGCAGUCUAGUUACAGUAGGCCACCUGGAAAGCUCCCAGAAUAAUCCAUCAAAUCAUGUCUUUGUUAUCUUUCUUUUCAGUUCCUUGUUUUUCUAGCUUUUCUGUCUUGUACCUGUGGAAGAACCAAUGAGAUGCAAAUCAAAGUGUAUGCUUUUGCUUUCACUGUUUUCUAAACUUUGAAUAUCUCUUUGGAGACUUUGAAGUAAAUUAAAACCCAUAUUACUAAUUAGUAGUAAGAACCUUAUAUUUAGGAGGUCCUACUGUACAUCAUCAUAUUCUUGUCUGAGUCCUAAGAAAAAAAACAUUAAUGAAAGCACCAAAACAAUGC